UCCAGUUGUCCAGAGACGCGUGGGAGCGUUUGAAGCACAACACACAACUUGCAAUUGAAAGACUAGACGUCGUUGGUGUUGGAGUCGCUUCCACCAAUGCACCAGACGGCACAUUGUCACGUCCUCAUUCGAUGGAGGAAGCAAGACGUGCUUUCUUUGACCUUGUCUAAUAUCAACAGACAAACUCAGGUUGGCAGCACGUCUGGUCCUGAAAUCGAAGACAAUCUGGUUCUGGAAGAAAUGAGCACACAACGACGGGUCGGACACUUACAGCGCCCAGGAGCGAGCGUGGCUGCAUCUACAAAUUAUGGCAAAGGAAGCACAAGAGAACAUUAGGCUAUACAACACACAGAGUGCACAUCUGCACGAGGACGAGCCAAAGGGAGCGGAUCAGGGUUGCAUGAGAGACGAAAGCUGGAUCUCCGGGAAAGGCAGAACGACAUCAUCAAGAAAGCAAGAAGGUAUCAGAGGUCGUAAAUCAAGAGAGAAUGCUUUUCAGUCCAAUACCAUGGCCCGAACAUCACCGGGAUUCACAGAGUCCAAGGUUAUGGAUGAGUUGUUCGUCAGAGUGUAUUCACUUGACCCAUAUCAACCUUGGCGUCAUCUGCGUUGUGCGACUCCACCUCACAACAAUCCCGACAUCACAAACGUACCCACCGAGAUCCUGGUCAAGAUCUUCUCCCUAGUCGAACCAGCAGAUGUCCCAAAAGUCCGCCUCACUUGCAAGAAACUUUGCGAUGCCGCCAAUAGACCCUUUAGCUUCGAGUUCAUCACGGGGAGAAUCCACGAGGUCACUCCCAUGAGUAUCAAAAAGCUCCUCGAUAUCACGGAUCACCCUAUCUUUGGAGGCUAUGUCAAAGCUGUAACCUUUGCCAGUGCCAGGCAUGUGGAACUCGUACACAAGGAUGAGCUCGAGGCUUUUUCAUGCAGGCGCCGUCACGAGAAUCGCCAACGUGACCUCUCGAAUGCUUACGUCCAUACAAAGCGUUUCGCCCACCGGAUGGAACGAAUCUUUCGAAACAUCAAAGCGCGUUCCGGCUGUGUCACCAUCGCCGUUCAAGAUUUCAACACCAAGAACGGAUCAAAGCCAGUGAUCGGCGGAAAUUCCAGAAGGGUCCUCGAGGAAGCUACUAGAACGACAUACCUGACAGCCAAGACUCUCGAGCAGGUGGUGUACGCAGCUCGACGCGCAAGGUGCCCCAUCGAGUGUCUCAGGACGGACAUCUGGCCUGCUCAGUCUUUGACCACCGUUCUUCCGCAGAUCUUAGAGUCCUGUAUCAUGCCUAUGAGCGUACAAAUAGGCAAUAAGUUCGAGGGGACUUUCUAUGACAGCAAGAGAGCACGUCUGGAUAUCACUCAUGGCGGUACCUUCAAUGUUGAUGGUGACACUCUCGUGCCGGGACGAACAACGGAACUACUCAUUCAGUGGGUCAAAGAGAAGAACAUCUCUGAGCUUGCCCUCUCAGAUUGCAAAAUUCGCUCCAGGUUCUCAACUCGCAGCUUUCUUGCAUCUUGUUUGAGUAGGCUCGAAUUCGACGUUGUAGAAUGCUCGUCGGACAGUCUUGAUGCUAACGGGUGGGGUGAUCACAUACAGAGGUUUUCUAACUUACCUGGGCUCGUGUACUGCAGAAUGAACCGUGUCUCUUACCGAAUGAACCGUGUCUCUUACCAUGCGUCAAUCGACUUUGACAUCAUCGGAAACACCAUGCAGCUAAUCAUUGGCAACGGUCGUUAUGCCACCAAAUCCGCACACUUCGACCUCUAUUUCCGAGACGGCUCCCGGCGCUUCGAGUCCAGUGGCGAUGGAGUGUGCGCAGAACUCAAGAGCUUGGCCUGUUACGUCAAAGCAGCCGAGGCAGACAAGCGCCAGCGCAUCAUCGCGGAUGGACGUGUUGACGAUUGCAUUAUUGGCAUCAUCGACCAAGUUGAGGAGUGAACCAUCGCUGAACUCACUGGAGGUCGAGUGUCAGCCGGGGUAUCAGGUUUCAACACAGCGCAUGUUUCAGGUGGAUUGGGAUCUACUCUGAAGCCAUGUUUCUACUGUAGAGCAAUAGAAUGGGAAAAGCCGAUGUCAGAAUGAGGAGUACUUCGGUCAGCAAGAGGAAGACUAUAGGAGGACAGGGACUGGGUAGUUCCAUGCACGAAUUAAAGAUGAAGGAAACUGGGACGUCUACAGUAGGAUACCCUAAUCCGACGAAAUGACAACAGCGUAAAUUCUCUCAUGACU